GGAUGGCGAAUAUGCACCACGUCAAGGCAAAGACGAAAGGCGUUAUCUUUUGGCAGGCACUGUUGCCAUGGAUCACGGCUUGCCUCCACGUGUCCUCCCACCUUCCACAGUUAUUCGAUAGCCCCAUCCCCCACCCCCAUUGGCCGUUUCCAAUUUCCCAUUUCCCAAUGCCCUCCGUCAUCUUUAUAUAAACCUCUGUUGCUCCAAUUGUGUCCCAUUUCCGCUGAGAAGGGUUUAGCUGAGCAAGGAAGGGGAUCGGGAGAGAUGGAUCACGCGGCGGACGCUCACCGGACGGACUUGAUGACCAUAACCAGGUAUGUGCUGAACGAGCAGACGAAGCACCCCGAGUCUCGUGGCGACUUCACCAUCCUCCUCAACCACAUUGUCCUUGGCUGCAAAUUCGUCUGCACUGCCGUCAACAAGGCUGGUUUGGCGAAACUCAUAGGGCUUGCUGGUGAGACCAAUGUACAGGGUGAAGAACAAAAGAAACUGGAUGUACUCUCAAAUGAAGUUUUUAUCAAAGCCUUGGUUAGCAGUGGUCGAACAUCCAUUCUAGUCUCUGAGGAAGAUGACGAGGCAACCUUUGUGAAGCCACCAUUGCGGGGAAAAUAUUGUGUUGUUUUCGACCCAUUGGAUGGAUCUUCCAACAUUGAUUGUGGUGUUUCUAUUGGAACUAUUUUUGGGAUUUACAUGAUCAAAGAUGAUCAUGAACCAGCAUUAAGUGAUGUUUUGCAACCUGGGAAGAAUAUGUUAGCUGCUGGCUACUGCAUGUAUGGGAGCUCCUGCACGUUUGUGUUGAGCACUGGAUCUGGAGUUAAUGGCUUUACCCUUGAUCCAUCACUAGGGGAAUUCAUACUAACUCAUCCAGAUAUCAAGAUCCCAAAGAAAGGAAAGAUCUAUUCUGUGAAUGAAGGAAAUGCUAAAAACUGGGAUGGUCCAACAGCAAAAUUUGUUGAAAACUGCAAGUUCCCUAAAGAUGGUUCAUCACCAAAGUCUCUAAGAUACAUCGGAAGCAUGGUUGCCGAUGUUCAUCGCACAUUACUUUAUGGUGGCAUCUUCUUGUACCCUGCUGAUAAGAAAAGUCCCAACGGGAAGCUGCGGGUUCUAUAUGAAGUGUUUCCAAUGUCAUUCUUAAUGGAGCAGGCUGGAGGCCAAGCAUUUACUGGCAAACUGCGGGCCCUUGACUUGGUUCCAGAGAAGAUCCAUGAGCGUUCUCCCAUAUUUCUGGGCAGUUAUGAUGAUGUUGAGGCCAUUAAAGCACUUUAUGCUGCUGAAGAGUAAACAGAGGGACUCAAACCUCUGCAGUCUUCACAUACCAGGCCCAAAGCUUUAUGAUAAUUGUAAUUUCGAGUAUAUAAUUCACAACCCUUGUUAUCUUCAACAAUUACACACUUAUUGCAGGUAAUCCUUGAUAACCGAAAUAACUAAUUCCUACAACUUAGCUUGCAA